AUGACCUUUGCCCUGAUCUCCGUCACCUAUGGGGCUACUCUCUGCAACAUGCUGGCCAUCCAGAUCAAGUAUGAUGACUACAAGGUCCAUUUGCACACCUCUGAGAUCAUCUGUGUCACCAUCUGGCGGAGUCUGGAGAUCACAUCCCGAUUGUUGAUUCUGGUGCUUUUUGUGGCCACCUUGAAAUCAAAUGCAUUGCCCUUCUUAAUCAUUAAUUACAUGAUCAUCCUCUUUGAGCCCUGGGUCAGGUUCUGGAGGAGUGGUGCUCAGAUGCCCAACAACAUCGAGAAGAACUUCAGCCAUGUGGGCACCCUGGUAGUGCUGGCCUCCAUCACUAUCCUCUACUCAGCCAUCAGCUUCUCCUGCUGGCCAGCAAUGCAGUUGCGAUUGGAUGAUCGGGAGCUGGUGGAGAAGAGUCAGAACUGGAGCCACAUGGCUGUACAUUACUUUGUGAGGCUGGUGGAGAAUGUCAUCAUGGUGCUGGUGUUCCGCUCCUUGGGGACAAAGAUCCUGCUUAAUUACUGCCACACCUUCAUCGCCGUGCAGCUCAUCGUGGCCUACCUGAUCUCCAUUGUCUUCAUGCUGCUAUUCUAUCAGUACCUGCACCCCCUUCGCUCACUCUUCACCAGAAAUGUAAUCGAUUACCUGCACUGUGCCUCCUGCCCCUGGGCCUCUCGAGUCAGAUCAGAGAAUCUGGAAUCAACAUUUGAGACUCAGUUGAGGCACAGCAUUGUCUGA